GUGUUUUCUUUUCGCCACGUGUGACCACUGGCUGCUAAUAUUACUUCUCUUGAGAUGAAUACAUUUACUUUUUGUGCUUGUACUGCACUAGGAGUUCACAAAGUCAGACAGGCAGCUUCAGGAACCUGCAGUGAGACUUACUUUCGUUAUAACAAGCAAAGUGAAACAUUAACAGGCACAACAGACAGAAGCGGGUAAUGUUUGUCAAUGUCCCCGUGUAGAUGGGGAUCACUUGGUCCAUUUACCAUUACUGAUCUAACAGCUGGGAAGAAUCCUGAAUGCUGGCAAUGAAAGUUGAGUCUGGAGCUGCUAGUGUUACAGGCUGACAGACGAUGAACUUCUGUGGAGUGGUGCACGCUCAAAAACUGAAAAUGAUCAACCAAAGUAAAAUAUAGUUUAAAGGGUCAGUUUACCCAAAUUGCUAAAAAAUAAGUAAUAUUUUGUCACUUGCCUCAAGUGGUAUUUAGCUGAUACAUCUGGUCUUAUCUGCCUCUUAUUUCAUACAGUUCAUGUAUAUGGAAUGUAGUCAUGCUAGCGGCUUAAAUAAUGCGUUGUAAUGAGCUAAAUAUGUUUAAGAUCCCUAAAUCGUUUGUCACUGGUGAUUCUUUGUAAUGCGCCACCAAAAUAUCAAAAAAUAAAAACAUUUUGAAUUGGUUUAUGACCAAAUAACCAAUAAACUAAUACCAUACACAUUAGCCUCAGCUGUGCUUUGUUUUUAGCGCUAAGUAGCUAAUGUUGGCAUGCUAACAUGCUAAACUAAGAUUGUGAACAUGGCGAACAUUACACCUGCUAAACAUUAGCAUGUUAGCAUUGCCAUUGGAAAACGUUAGCACGCUAUUAGCUAGUAGAGCCUCGCAGUGCAGCUAGCAUGACGCUACACUUAUCACAAAUUAAAUUCCAUUUACCUGCAUUGUAUUUAUGGGCAGCAGGAAUCUUAAGAGAAACCCCUAGAGGUAAAUGUUUCCUAUAUUGGGUGAAAUAAGCCUUUAAACUUCUCCAGAUGCCAGUUAUUAUUCAGUUUGUGUUCCUUCUCACUAGGCAAGUUGUUGUGCCAGUACUGUAGUCUCUUUGCUAUUUAAACUUUCACCAACAAAUCACUGUCGUCACUCCCUGUGUAGCUGUAUGGUUGUUUAGUACCUUGUGCAAGGCCUGCGACAUGGCUCCGAGUUCAGGUACUGAUGUAAAUGGUGUAUGUAAAGAUGUUGUAAAUGUAUGUAUGAUGGCAACUCCAUGCACUGUCACACAAACAUCAUGAGGUUUGUUUGUAACCAUGUAGAUGCAUUGACUGUUUAAGUGUACCUGUCAGAUAAAUGGAACAUUUGAUUUGUAAAUAUAGAUUAAGGCAGAUUGAGACUGCUCAUUUUCAGUACACAGUUGAAUUUGUUUUGUAGUGUUUUUCCACUGUUGGCCUUUAUCAAAGCAUCACUUAUGCACACAUUAUUUGUUUAAUUGGCACCUUAUUGAUAUGUUAACAUGCAUAUUUUCGGGAUUACAUGCAGCUUGUAAUCACACACUUUGUGCUUUGACGUCCUGAUAUGCAGUUUUCUCACCGAAACCUGUCCGAUGCUAAUGCAUAAAAUAUAAUUUUCAUAAGACGGGCAGCACAGGCUACACUCUCUUCCCCCCUGUGUGUGUAUGUGUGAGAUUUUGGUGAUAAAAUGAUUGAUCAUCAAAUGCUUUGAACUGAAAGUCACUUAGAUAUUCUUAAUUUCUUUCCAUUUUUAUUGUUUACUUUACAACAUUAUUCUGCCUCUUAAUGGAGACACCAAAUUAUUAGUAUCAAUUGAAUCACUUAAUUGGCGAGCAAAUCUUUUCUUUUUUACAGAUCAUUACAUAUAUUUUUUAAAUAUCAUUGAUUAUACAAUGUGUACAUCGACAAAUGCAUAAUUUGAAGUGGAAUAUUUGUGAUAAGAUACAAAGGAGAUUCCUUGGCAUGUAUAGAUUAUUGGAAAAUGUCAACAAAUGCAAAUGAUAUUUAGUAGCUGAAUAAAGUCACAUGAUGGAAUUCAAUUGGUGAGGACAAUGGUUAAUUACAAUGUGAUGCCUCGUUCUGCGUGUUCUUUGCUUUUAACAGGUCAACCAUUUGGUCCUGUGUGCUCACCACACAUUCAGUUACAAAGGUUAAACAUUUAUUUCGACUUGAGCUUUUGGAAGAAAGUGUCUCCGAGUUGGUGUCGCACUUAAUCAGCCGUUUGAAAAUGGUUAAUUUUGGAGCGAUUUUGCGAACUAUUGGCGACUUUGGUUUGUUCCAGAAAAUAAUCCUUCUUGGGUUAACCCUCCCAAAUGUCUUCAUGCCCCUUUUCUUUUGUAGUUUUCUUUUUAUGGAUUCAGAUCCAGAUAGACACUGUAACACAGACUGGAUCCUUCGGGCAGACUCUAACCUGACCACAGAUGAGCAGCUGAACCUGACUCUGCCCCGAGAGGAUGACGGGACCUUCAGCAAGUGUCAGAUGUUUAUCCCUGUGAACUGGUCUAUUGGUUCCAUCAGGGAGAACGGACUCAAUGAGACCACAGGGUGCCAGAAUGGAUGGGUGUACUCCAGAACGCUGUAUGAAGCCACCGUAGUCACUGAUUUUGAUCUCGUCUGUGACAAGUCGUACAUGGCUGAGGUUGUGCAGGCGAUCUUCAUGUCUGGUUUACUUGCUGGUUCUUUCAUCUUUGGACCAACAGCUGAAUCGUACGGCCGCAGGAGAACCACCCAGCUACCAGUCGUGCUCUUGCAAAUAUUCGUCAUAGUUGCUGGUGUGUCUCCAAAUGUCUACGUCUACAUAGUGACGCAGUUCAUAGUUGGAGCUGCCCUCGGGGGAUAUAGAAUUAACUCCACCGUAUUAGCUACAGAGUGGAUUGGGGUCACCAAAAGGUCCUUUGCUUCCUGUAUGAGCCAGUUGUUUGCAGCUUUUGGACAGUGUGUCAUGGCUGGUCUGGUCUAUGGCAUCCGUGACUGGAGAAAAGCACAGUACGUCAUAGGAGGAGCGCAGGCCUUUGUAACGUUGUACAUAUGGUGGAUUCCUGAAUCUGCAAGGUGGUUGCUGGAACAGGGAAGAACUGAAGAAGCUAAUCAAUUGAUACGUAGAGUCGCAGCAAUCAACAAAAGGAAAAUCCCAGAUAACCUGCUGGACGAGGUCACCGGGGGACGGGAAGUGAAAAGUGGGGGAAUCAAAGCAAUUUUUACCUCAGCAGUCCUGGUUAAAUAUUUGUUAAUUUUAUCUUUCGCCUGGUUUUCGUUAAACCUUGGCUACUUCUGCGUAGUUUUGAAUGUGGGUAAGUUUGGUCUGAACAUCUUCCUGGUUCAGUUCCUGUUUGGGAUCACUGAGAUGCCCGCACAUCUCCUCUGUAUCUGGUUUUUGGAGUUAAUUGGGAGAAAAAAAUCCUUAAUAUCAACCCUCCUGACAGGAGGGUUGUUUUGCCUCUUAACCUUGGCUUUCCCUCGAGACUGCGCUAUUGUUAUCACAGCCCUUGUUACCGCCGGGAAGUUCUUUUUGAACUGGGCAGGUUCAGUAUGUUUGAUCUACAUUCAGGAGUUGUUUCCCACUUCUGUCAGGCAAACUGCCGUUGGCUUUGGCUCUAUUGCCUAUAGAGGAGCAGGCUUGAUGUCCCCCUUGCUCAACAUGUUGGCCAUUUACCACUGGGCCAUACCCAUCUUAGUCUUCAGCAGCCUUGCAGUGACCAGUGGAGCUCUUGUCUUCCUGCUCCCUGAGACCCGGAGAACAGAGCUGCCUGACUCAGCUGAUGAGACCGAGGGCAACAGGAAUAUGAGCACGAAGAAAAUGGGCAGUGACUCCAACGUGGUCGAACAAAACGGCAGAAAUUCCACCAAACUCUAGCCGAUAUGGUUAAUCUUUUUUAAAGAUGUUUUUGUCGUGUGAGAUAUACAUUGCUGAAUACAAUAUUUAUUGUGGAUGCUCUUUGGCCUUCAAUGUUGCUGAGUCACAUUGUGUGUUUGCUAAUGUCUUACUCAAUUGUAGGUAUUUACGGCUGUCAUUUCUGUAAGAUGCUGAAAAUCAGUCAGUGAAUUAAAGGAACAUAAGCUUAACUCUGUUUUUCUGGGAAUCAUUCAAAAGUCUUAAAAGGCAUGGAAUUAAUUUACAUUAAAAAAAAUGGUAUUAAAGGUAGGGUAGGUAAGUUUGAGA